AUGAUCCAUCCGCUCGUAGUCAAUCAGGCCAGGAACCAGCACCGCGGCAGAUUCAUGCUGCAUCGCAUCGCAUCGCAUCGCACCGCAUUUAACUGGCCAGAGUCGUUGAGUCGCUCCUCUCUUGUCCUCUCUCAGUCCGGACCGGAACAGACCAGGGCAAGCCAGGGCAAACCAGGGCAGCACCGGAGCCGAGCAGCAAGUGGUGUGCUGGAAGCUGGUUGGGUCCACUCUGUUGAUACUGAAGCAGAAAAAACUCGCGACGAUCAGGCCCAGUCCCUCACUCCAUCGACGACAUUGACAUUCCCCCUGCCGGCAGGGGACUCGCUGGCGGCUGGCCGUCUAUCCCUCGUUCACACAAGUUUACGGAAGGCCACGCGAAGCACACGUCAACGUUCUGCGUUGGUUCUUUUCAACAUACAUACUAGAUACGGACUGCCACUGGCUGCGCGCGCUGUGAGAUACAAACGGUCCCAUCAGUCUCAACAACUCAACUCGACUCGAAGGACAGACAGACGCACGCACGCUGUCCCUGGGUCCCGGUAUGCACCAACCAGUUGCCCAGCUGACAGCCCAUCAAAAGCCCAAACCAACCAGCCCUGGCCGUCCCAUCCCUCCUGGUCUGAUCUGGGUGCCAAAGGUCCCGGCUCAUGCUCCCUUGCCCUGCCACUCGAUGACCCAGUUCGGAUAGGUGCCGCAAGGUACCGGUCCAGCAAUGGCACCGACGAAAAGCUACCAGCGCCAGCCAGCCAGCCCAGCCGAGCAACAAGCUCUCCCCAGUCCUUGCCAGCGGCCCCAUCAGCAGUAGCAGAAGCAGCAGCGGCAGCGAGGCAAGCACCAGUUCAGCCCAGGGCACGAAAGUCCAAGGAAAGGAAGAGGUCUGCUGCCCUCUUCUGUCCGGCCAAGCCCAGUCUUGCUCGGGCGUGCCCCGUCUCGUGUCCGGCCUCUUCUCCAAGAAGCCUGCUUGAUCUGUGA